GAUGGAUUAAAAGAGUCCGUUUUUGGACAAAUUUAUGGAGAAAAAGGAGAGAAAAAGACGGAGAAAGUUUCCCUGUGUCUAAUGUUUAGGCGCCGGUGAGGAUCGCGUAAUGGGAAGAGGCAGCACUCCGAUAGAAUCUGUUUUUGUUAGCGGAACUUUUUACUCCUUCCGCUGUUGCUGCUACACGGACUUAUUUUGUUGAAGGACACAUCUUGGAAAAUGUGCCCUCCUGUCAUUCCGAACAAUCAAGAUAAAAGUCAUACUAAACCAAAGUAAAGGACACUAUCAGAAUAACCUAAAAUGGCUUUACGGAGCUUUAGCGCUUGUGGUUUCUGUCACAGAGUUCUUGCGGUGAAGACAACGUUGCGGGGAAUGAGCACAGCUGCCAAACUUCAGCCUCAUGCAGAUUUCCUAAAUGGAGCACCUCACAGAAAACAUCCAGGAGUCACAAACCUGAAAACUCUACGUUUACCUGAAAAACUACAGGUGGCUGCUCGCUCCAUCAUUCACAGGGCUCAAAUAAAAGGUCUAGAUGUAAAGGCGCAGAAUCUUGUGGACUUUUUGUGGAGUCGUAAACGAAAAAUGGAGGACAAAGCUUUGAGGCAGAAGGCACUGAACCUGGAGAGAGAGCUGUGGAGCAAAGUUACAGAGAAACAGAGAGAUGUCGAUGAACAACUUUUGGAGGAACGCAUACAGAAGAAAGUACUCUCAGAGUUGAGGAGAACCACGUACCACUGGAAACAGCUCAAAUUCGACGAGGAGAUGGGAGUGAUUUACAUGGCGGCUCGUUUGGCUGGAGGAUAUGCUGCAGUGAGGAGAGCGCUCAAUGAGAUAAAGAAGAGAGACACCUCCUUCGCUCCGGAGUCUCUUUUGGAUUUUGGAUCAGGCCUGGGAACAGUUGCUUGGGCAUCUCAUUCAUGUUGGCCUGACUCUCUGAAGGAGAUGGUUUGUGUGGACAGCUCUGGGCCCAUGAACACUUUAGCAGAGCGGCUACUGAAAGGUGACAACGAAAAAGAAGAACCACACUUCAAACAUGUCUAUUUCAGACAGUUCCUUCCAGUGUCUCCAAAAGUGCAGUUCGAUUUGGUGGUAGCAGCGUUCACUCUCUCCGAACUCCCCAAAGCAGCCGACAGAGAAGAUGUAGUGCUCACUCUGUGGAGGAAAACAAACAGAUAUCUGGUGCUUGUGGAGAAUGGGACCAAAGAGGGACAUCAGAUGCUCAUGGAGGCCAGAGACACUUUACUAAAUAAACAAGAAAAGAUUGUCCAUGACUUCAGACCAGCUUCAGUGUUUGCUCCUUGUCCUCACGAAAUGAUGUGUCCGAAACUGACCAAAGAACCUGUUUUUCCCUGUAACUUCCAGCAGAAAUACCACACACUAUCUUUGCCUGGGCAAAUUUCUCACCUGACUGAAAAGUUUAGUUACUUGAUUCUUACUCGAGCUGAUCCCAAAUCCCUGGUCCCUGGUCUGGACUCUGGUCUGGACCCUGGAUUGGAUUGGGCCCGGCUCAUUGCUCCGGUUCUGCCUCGGACUCGUCACGUUCAUUGCAGAAUGUGCUGCACAGAUGGACAGUUACAGCAUGUGGUGGUGACUCCCAGAAAACACGGGAGAGAUGUGUACAGAUGUGCACGCAGCAGUGAUUGGGGAGACCAAAUUCCAGUGGUUCAAAUAACAGAUAGCGAAGACCACAGUGAAUCUGAAGAACAGUGACCCCCAGUGGAAAUAGAGGGAACUUUACUAUAGUGGAAUUAUUCUUACAUUAAACACAAUUCACCACAACGCCUGUAUGUUUGAUAUUAUAAGUAUAACAGGAGAUGGAGACAGAACAUUAAAAUAUUAUUUACCAUAAA